CCCUCACAUAAGCCAUUUUCCUUACCGGCCUGCUAAGAUCAUCACGCGGAAAACGUGGCCAGUACGACAGCGAAAAAAAAUCGUCCAGCAGUGAAACUAUGAGUGCUGCCAGCAUUUUGGAGCUCCAGACGUGGAUCGUGUACCAGCGGAUUGCCGCGGAAUGUGCAAACUGUUUGUAAUUUGUUCGGUUUCAUUUUUCCAUUAGUGAGAGAGGGCGACACUGAGACACUCUUAAGUUUACACAUAAUUUUCGUCGCCAGCACGAAACUUGAAAGCGUUCUCGUGUCACGUUGUGGCCCCCGGCGGACAACCCCGGGACCGUCUUCCUCGUAGACGAUUGUCGCCCAGGUCGUGUUAUUAUUUUGCUGUUUUGUUGAUUGAUUGGAGAGUGAAUUGUUCGACAUCGCGAGAAGGGAACCCCGGCAGAACACACACACACACACACACCGGAAGACAAUCAUCGAUUCGAAUCGAAGGCCAACCGACCACACAAAAGGCGGCUAUUUUCUACCAAAUUUCGGGUCGAUACGACCUCGAUUCACGUGAAAACCACCUCUCACCCGCCUCAAAAGGUGUGUAAUAUUGACGAGCAACAAGAAAUCGAAACACAAUCCAAUUUAAGCAUCAACAUCAGAGCUGUGUGCCAAAGCGAGAGAGAGAGAGAGAGGUAGAGAGAGGCAAAAAAGGACAUCCGGUCAAAAGGGACGUGCCCACUUCCGGCGACGAGAGGCGUUCCAGUUGUCGUUAAAUUUAGAUUUUCCAGCCGGGAUCAAGAAACCAAGAAUGAUGAACACAGUCAUGACCGACAAUGCCUUCAAAGCAAAGGACAUCGGCCUGCGGGCGCAGAAGAAGAUCCUGUCCCGAAUGGCAACCAAGAACGUGGCCAAGGUGUUUAUCGACGGUACGACCGCGUCCCUGCUGGACAACGUCUACCGGCUAGCGAAGGCACACAGUGGCAGCAAGAAGGACGCGGAACGUCUAGUCAAGAACAUCAUCAAAAUUGUGAUCAAAAUUGCCGUCCUCCACCGCAACGGUCAGUUCAACGGGGAAGAGCUGAAGCAGGCGGACAAAUUCCGAGCCAAGUUCCAGACGCUGCAGAUGGCGAUCAUUUCGUUCUACGAGGUUGACUACAGCUUCGACUUGAACUACCUGCUCAAAUCGCUGCAGGAGGUGGACACACUGCUCAAGUCCUGUGUGGCACGCCACCUCACGGACAAGUCGAUGGGCCGCAUCCAGGAGGUGUUUGAGUUCUUCAGCGAUCCGUCCCUGCUGGAGUUGGCGUUCAAGCAGGACUCCUCCCCGUACCGGGACAUUAUGGACAAAAUCGUGACCGAUCUCAACAAAGCAAUGGAAAACGGAGAUAUUUAAUGGACUCUUGGCCGUUGUCGGAAGGGGCGAGGUCGCGUUGGCCGGGCCACUUCCAGUUAACCUAGUGAAUAGCGCUGAGACGUUGUGUUCUUUGUACAGUGGACUCUUAUUUAUGUUCUUGUUCUAUAAGUUACUGUUGAUUGCCCUUUAACAAUAUUGCAUUUGUCUGUGUUUAGGAGUCUAAGAAUAGACAAUUACGUGGUUUUCUGUUAGUCGAAUAGCACGGGCCUAAUUCCAAAUGUUAAAACUAUCCAAAAACGAUAGACGUAUCAAGACAAUGAAACAACGCACUGCUUUCUGCGCACAGUGUUUGCUGUAAUCUGUAGGUGUUACGGCACAACUGAUUAGAAUUAGAGAAAAAAAAAAUACAAAAUUAGGCAUACAAAUCUAAGUCACUCGAGGUGGAAACACACAAAAAACACAAAAAGAAAAAACUCAUAUCAAUUUACUCAACUUUUGAAAAUGUACUUAAUCGACAACAAUCGUACAAUCUAAACAAACAAAAAAACACUGGAAAGAAGCUCACAGGAUUUCACACUCAACCACACACACACAAAUACUUGCUAGUUCUUUGUAGAGAGAGUUUGUAAACAAAGCUCAAGACGUUCGUCACUCGUGAUAGCGAUAGCGUUCGAGCUGAUAACACAACAAGUUGUAACGAUAUCACAAGAAAUUACCAAACAAAAACACACAGAGACAAAACCAGGACCAGUCUUUCCUUUACACACCGUCGUAGAAGUGUCGGUAUAUUUGUUGUUGUAGAUAGAAAGUGAGCAGAGAUAACAAGUUGAUAUUAACACGUCAAAUCGCAACCGCGAGUGUGUUUUGUGUAUUGUGUUGCUUAAGCAUGAUGUACCAACUCAAUAAAACUAUUUAUCGCUGAUGAUGAUGAUGCGCGCUGAACCAAGAAAACCAUGCAGAAAGGAACCGCGAAACCGGGGCGAACGCAACACGGAUGAUAUUUUGAUAGUCAAAGAUGAGAAAUAAUAAAAUUAUGAGUGGAGAGAAGAA